ACCUUCCUGUAUCAUGCUGUCAUGUGUCACUUUCGAGGUUAUAUUGUAAAAAGGUUAGAUUUUUAGCUUGUCUCCGUCGUGGUUUGAAUUUCUCAACUGAAUGCAAUUAUUCCCAAUUUAACUGCAAUGGAACAAGCAUUUGGGUAUACUCCUACACAAUCGGAACAAAAAAUAUUAUGUUGCGAGUGUGGUGUUCCAAUCGAGCCGAACCCGGCGAAUAUGUGCGUCGCUUGCUUACGUUCACACGUUGAUAUAACGGAAGGAAUUCCCAAACAAGCGACUUUGCAGUUUUGUCGCGGUUGCGAACGUUACUUUCAACCGCCUUCGGAGUGGGUUAGUUGUAGUUUAGAAUCGCGCGAGCUUCUUUCCUUAUGCUUAAAAAAGCUGAAAGGUUUGAAUCGUGUUAAGCUGGUUGACGCUAGCUUCGUAUGGACAGAACCACAUUCUAAACGUAUUAAGGUGAAGUUGACAGUGCACGGUGAAGUUCUCGGAGGUGCCAUGCUUCAACAAGUUUUUAUUGUGGAGUACACUGUGAGCCAUCAAAUGUGCACAGAUUGUCACAGAAAUGAGGCGCAAAAUUAUUGGCGUGCGUCUGUGCAAGUUCGGCAAAAAUCUGAGAAUAAGAAAACAUUUUAUUAUCUUGAGCAGUUGAUUUUGAAACAUAAAGUUCACGACAACACGCUGGGAAUUAAACCCGUGCAUGAGGGACUUGAUUUUUAUUACGCUACUGAGUCGCACGCUAGGAAAAUGGUUGAUUUUCUAAAUGCGGUCUUACCUUGUAAAUAUCAACACUCGAAGAAGUUAAUUUCUCACGAUGUCCAUAGCAAUGUUUAUAAUUACAAGUUUACCUACUCCGUUGAUAUUGUACCAGUUUCGAAAGAUAGCAUCGUAUGCCUUCCAAAAAAGUUAACCCAUCAACUUGGAGGAAUUUCACCAAUUUGUUUGGUGUAUCGUGUGUCCAACACCCUGCAUUUGAUUGAUCCAUCAACAGCACAAAUUGCUGAAGUCAGUAGCACUAUCUUUUGGCGUUACCCAUUUAAGAGCAUUUGUAAUCCAAGGCAACUGGUUGAAUAUGUUGUGAUGGACAUUGAGCCAAUUUUGGACAAAAAUCGUACACAUUUCCCUGGCCAGGGUGCCAUUUCAAGCAAGCACAUUUUGUCAGAUGUAUGGCUUGUGAGAGCUUCGGAAUUGGGCAUCAAUGAUAAUACAAUCCACAGUCGUACACAUUUGGGACAUAUUCUUAAACCCGGCGAUUCUGCAUUUGGUUACAAUUUAGAAGACAGCAAUAUAAAUGAUACAAAUUUUGAAAAUUUGGACAAAAACCAAAUACCCGAUAUCAUAUUGGUGAAAAAAUGUUAUGCAAACAAGCAGCGGCAACGCAUUUGGAAAUUGAAACAUCUCACCAAUGAAGUUACCGCAUUUGAUACCGAUACUAAUGAUUACCAUGAAUUCUUGAAUGAGUUGGAGAUGGAUCCAGAAAUGCGUCAAAAUGUUAACAUCUUUAAGGAUUCGUCUAAACAAAUUCCUGUCGACGAAUAUGACACAUAUACUGGUAACGGGCCGUACAUUACUUUGGAGGAAAUGCUAGAUGAUUUGGCUAUUGAUGAUGUUGAAAUGGCUGAAUAAAUGACUCAAUUUUA